UUACAGUAUAGAGAUAUUCUUGGCAAAGGAGCAACAAAGACAGUGUAUAGAGCAUUUGAUGAGUUUCUUGGAAUGGAAGUAGCCUGGAAUCAGGUAGAGCUUAAUGACGUUUUCAGGUCACCUGAAGAAUUGCAGAGGCUAUAUUCUGAAGUCAAUCUUCUCAAGACUCUUGAUCAUCAUUCUAUAAUGAAAUUACGUGCAUCCUGGAUUGAUGUUGAUAGAAGAACUUUCAACUUCAUCACAGAAAUGUUCACCUCCGGUUCCCUAAGAGAGUACAGGCAGAGGUACAAGCGAGUUAACAUUGAAGCGAUUAAGAAUUGGGCUCGACAAAUUCUUGAAGGGCUUGAUUACUUGCAUAGUAACGAUCCUCCAGUAAUUCAUCGAGAUCUUAAGUGCGACAACAUUUUUGUCAAUGGACAUCUUGGGCAGGUCAAGAUUGGUGAUCUAGGAUUAGCUGCCAUACUUCAUGGAACUCACCAUGCCCACAGUGUCAUAGGCAAUCCUCAACCUCUCUUUCUUUCUAAGGCCAAAAGUUAUUUUGUAAAUAACCUUUUUCUAUCAAACAUAUUUGAAGUUUUUUAAAAGUUAUUUUUUGGC